UACAUGGAGAUCUGAAGCACCGUAGUUGAAAUUCAGCUAGCGUGCGACGCUGUUACGCUGUGAGCUAGUGCGGUUUGAUUUGAUUAAUUGGUUUUAUUGUUAGACUAGUUGCGGUUCUUCAGGAUUAUGCUUCGUUACCUGAAGAAUGUCUACAAGGCUGCUUUACCCACUUUGUCAUGGAUGCGUCUAGUAGCAGUCGCAAUAAUAACAAAGGCGCUAGAUUUGGCCAUCGUAAGUGCUUUAUCUAUUUAUUAUGUGGCGGAGGCGCUGGUUGAAUCGCUCAUGCCUUCAUUCCUGAGAAAUGAAAAGAGUCUGGAGGGGAAGGUUGUGCUUGUAACGGGGGGCGCAGGAGGAGUUGGGCAGGAGUUAGCUUUGAGACUGGCGAGAGAGGGCGCCAAGGUCGUUAUUUGGGAUGUCAACGAGAAGGCUUUGGAAAAGGUGAAAUUGAAGAUAGAGGAGGAAGGUCACAAAAUAUUCGCGUACACCGUGGAUAUUACCCAGAGGGAAAUCGUUUACAAAUAUGCUGACAUUUUAAAAGCAGACUUGGGUCCCGUUGAUAUCCUCAUCAAUAAUGCUGGGAUUGUGUGUGGCCAGAUAUUGCUAGAGAUUCCCGACUAUAUGAUAGAAAAGACAUAUAAAGUCAAUAUUUUAGCUCACUAUUGGACAACAAAGGCGUUCCUCCCAUACAUGCUGAAGAAAGGAACUGGUCACAUCGUCACUGUAGGGAGUCUUACUGGACUUUUGGGCACCUACAAAUGUACGGACUACAGUGCAUCCAAGUUCGCUACGGUGGGAUUUCAUGAGAGUUUACUGACAGAGCUGAAGACUCAUGGUCACGACAAGAUCAAUAUGACCCUGAUAUGCCCGUACUUCAUCAACACGGGCAUGUUCGACGGGUGCAAACCCAGGAACUUGGACAUGCUGGAACCCAGAGACGUCGCCAAGCGCAUUAUCACAGCCAUAAAACGAGAGGAGGUUUUCGUCACGAUGCCCUCCGCGAUGAGAUAUAUCCUUCCACUUAAAAGCUUUAUUCCAGCCAAACUCAGUUGGGCGGUGAUAUACAGAUUGAUCCAGGGACCCCAAUCGAUGAUGGGUUUAAGGUCCUUCCAUGAAGUAGAGGCUGCGUAGAUUCAGCAGUUGUUUAUAUACUUAACCGGAAAUGUAUUAGUUUGUAAGGCAAUGUGUGAUUCUAGUUUUAAAAACAAAUGUUUUAGAUUACGGGAAAUUAUUACUCACUAAAUAGUAUUUUAGGAAAUAAAUGUUUUUACCCAUC